AUGUUUGUUCUAGGAAGAUAUAUGACACGACAAUAUCCUUUGUUUUAUCAAUUUUCUCGAACAGCGCGUGCUCAGUUUAAGCUUAAGUAUAUAACUUUUGAGUUUUAAUACUGUCUCCUAUCCAAUCUUAAUAUGCAGAGACAGCUAUAUGCAAGCCAUUCGUAUGAUUAUUUUCUUGAACACUGUAAGCACUGUGUGUCUUUAACGCUAUGAAAAUACCUCUGUUUGUUUUGACAUUGACUCGACCAAUGCCGUGAGUUGGGGCGGGACUAUUUCUUUGUUUGACAAACGACCAGUGUUCAGAAACCUAUUUUGAAAACAAAAGACAAUUUUUUGCAAUUCAGUUUUUUUGCGCUAGUGGUUGAUACAUUACACAUUUCGUCUUUUCCCAUUUCCGUUAUCAGAGGACAAAAUCAAGUAAAUGCAUUGUUUUGAACCAAACUGUUGUGUUGCAGCGUCGAUGAGUCCGAAUCGUUUUAGCGAAUCGGCUCGUUCGAAUGGUUCGUUUGCUUAAUAAAUCUGUUCAAAAGAAAUCGAUUCACUUGAGUCAUCGCUCAAAAAUGUUCUCCGCGUGGUAUUUUACGGUUCUUUUAUGUUACAAAUUAUAUCACUGAACAUUAUAGCCUAUAUAUUGUGUCGCAUGCUGUUUUGUUUAUUGUUCCAAAACUUGUGUUAAAAAAAAAAAAAAAAAACAUUAUUUCAAACGAAUGACAAAUGCCUUGCGAAUCGGUUUGACCGAGUCUUCAAAAGAACGAGUCCUUAGUGAUUCGGAACUUUCUACUCUACUCAUCUAAUUUCUUCUUGGGUACCCACAAUCACAGAUAUGUGUGCUUCAGCUGCACGUUUUAUCAAGCCUGUUCUGCAUGGAUAUUUCAGAAGUUCUUGCUCUUGGAGAGUCAGGAUAGCAUUUGCAUUGAAAGGGAUCGAGUAUGAGCAAGUACCAGUAAAUCUAAUCAAGGAUGGUGGGCAACAGCUCACAGAUCAGUUUAAAGCAUUAAAUCCAAUGCAGCAAGUACCUGCAGUCACCAUAGAUGGCAUCACCUUGUCUCAGUCGUUGUCCAUCAUUCAGUACAUUGAGGAAACUCGGCCAGGGACCCGCCUCCUGCCUGCAGACCCAAAGCAGCGUGCUCAGGUCCGCAUGAUUUGUGACAUCAUUUCCUCUGGGAUCCAGCCGCUUCAGAACCUGUAUGUGCUUCAGAAAAUUGGAGCAGAGAAGGUACAGUGGGCUCAACAUUUCAUCACCAGAGGAUUUGAAGCCCUUGAGCCGAUCCUAAAACAGACGGCAGGGACGUACUGUGUAGGUGAUGAGAUAUCCAUGGCAGAUAUUUGUCUUGUGCCCCAAGUCUACAAUGCUGAAAGGUUCAAGGUGGAUAUGAUCCAGUUCCCUACUAUCAAAAGGUUAAAUCAGACCUUACUUGAGAUUGAGGCCUUCAAAGUGAGUCAUCCAUCUUGUCAGCCUGAUACACCAGAUGACAUACGUGCAUAAUUUUGUAAAGAUCCAUACUGAAAUUAAUAAAACUUUUUGAAUACAUUUGUACCAGACUGUUCAUUAAAAAGUUAAGACCGUUCAGUUUCUGUUUUUGCAAAC